UUCAGACGAUGAAGGCAUUAUCUCAAGCUCGGGUUUUUAUUGAGUUUUUACCCAAGUCGGAGCUCUGUGACUGUGAGCCUACUUCAACAGCGAUACUACGCCGUUUUUCUUCCUUGAGAGAUUUCAAUGUUAAUAAUGGUGAAGAGGAUGGUAGAUACGGCAACAACUAUCAGAACCUUCAGAGCCAAUGCCCAAUAGGCCUUUAAGGGGAGGUAGACAAUUUUGUCAUCAAAUUGAUCAACCUCAACACUCUCAAACUCACUUAAAUAACACUGGCAGAGCUCGUCCUCAACCAUCCAAGAUUGCUGAUGAUGUUCAAUCAAACGAGAAUUUCCUGGAAAAAUUCAAAUUUUCUGUUGAGAAGAAGGCAGAAAAGCCCUCACAAAAUCAUACACCAACAGCAACACAACACAAGAUUGAGCCUCCACAAGACGCGGACGAGAUCUUCAAGAAAAUGAAAGAGACGGGUCUUAUUCCAAAUGCUAUUGCUAUGCUUGAUGGACUCUGCAAAGACGGUCUUGACCAGGAAGCUAUGAAACUGUUUGGUUCGAUGCAGGAAAAAAGCACCAUUCCUGAAGUUGUUAUUUACCCUGCCGUUGUUGAUGGCUUUUGCAAGGCUCAUAAAUUAGAUGAUGCCAAGAGGAUCUUUAGGAAAUUGCAGACCAAUGGCAUCUCUCCUAAUGCCUUCAGUUAUGGUGUGUUAAUUCAAGGUUUAUGUAAUGCUAACAAGUUCGAAGGUGCUAGUGAUUAUUGUAUUGAAACGUUAGAAGCUGGUCAUUCUCCGAAUGUUACUACUUUUGUUGGAUUGGUUGAGGGGUUUUGUGGGGAGAAAGGUGUUGAAAAAGCUCAGAGUGCUAUUGCAACGUUGAGACAGAAGGGAUUUCUUGUUAAUAAGGAAUACUUGGACAAAAAAGCUCCUUUUUCGUCAUCAGUUUGGGAAGUAAUCUUUGGGAAGAAAACCUCUGGGAAACCAUUUUAACUUUCUUUUUUUUUUUUUUGGGUGAGUUAUUCAAUAGCGCCCUUUCAUUGAUUUUGUGGCUUUAUUGUUAUAUCAUAUGAGAAGAUGUGAAGAUAAUAUUUGAUUUAGACAAUGGAAGUUCUCAUUUUAA